AUGUCAGUCAGACCCGCAACCCACGCAGGCUCCUGGUAUACGGGAUCAGCAUUGCGUCUCGAGUCACAAUUAGAUAAAUGGCUUUCACAAGCGUCAGGCCCUGUUGCUGGCGCCCGUCUUCUGGUGGGCCCUCAUGCGGGUUACGCCUAUGCUGGGGAAACGCUUGCGCAAACUUACAGCGCUCUAGAUGCUUCCGGAAUCAAAAGAAUAUUUGUGAUGGGUCCCUCCCACCAUGUCUACUUUAGAGGAUGUGUGAUGACAAGUAAUUUCGACUAUUAUGAGACGCCUCUGGGCAAUGUCCCCGUGGACAAGCAAACCGUCAAGGAUUUAGUUGCCAAGGAUUCCAAAAUGUUCAGAUUGAUGUCCGAGGAAAUGGACGAGGAGGAGCACAGUUUUGAAAUGCACAUGCCUUUUUUGUAUCGUGUGACAAGUAAAGCCAUAGGCAAUGUUCCCAAAAUUAUACCUAUCAUGAUCAGCGCCACUGACGAAAAGGUUGAGAGAAAACUGGCGGAGCACUUGACUCCAUACUUCCAAGACCAUGAAAACGCGUUUGUCGUUAGUACAGAUUUUUGCCAUUGGGGAUCCAGGUUUGGCUACACAUCAUAUACGCCUUCUGGGAAGAUUGGCGAUAUUCAGGAUUUGAGGUAUGGAACAAGCGUACUCAAAAAAUCCGAUGCUUUGCCAAUCUACAAGAGUAUUGAGGCUUUGGACAAGGAGGCGAUGAAAAUUGUUUCGAAAACCUCCUACAAGGCCUUUAAAGAUUACUUGGCUGCGACAGAGAACACCAUCUGUGGAGCUAAGCCAUUGAGUGUGCUACUUCUUUUAAUGGAACAAAGCUCGGAGAAAAGCCUUGAGUGGCUCGGAUACAAACAGAGCAGCUCUGUCACUUCAGUGCACGACAGCAGCGUGAGUUACGCCAGCGCCUAUGCGUAG